UGCAGCCAAUCAGCUUUUGGUCAGACAGACUCUUGGAAAGAUGGCGACGGUGAGGCACAGAGGAGUGAAAACUGGACGCUUUGCUGUUACUAAACACCGCACAUCCACACUUCGCUAGAACCCACACGGCACCGGGUGUGGAAGUUAAUCGGUCCGCUCUUGAGUCUGAACCCGCCGUUUGGGGCCGUAUGGUGACGCUGCGGGUUUGCGCGCUGUUGUUUUCGGUUACACUUGGACUUCUCAUUAGCUUUAAGUUGAAAAGCCAGCGCUAGCCCGGGCUAGCUGUGUAGCCUCACUCGGCUGUUUGGAAGGUGUAUGGUACCCUUAACCGGUGUCAACACUGGCUUGUAUAUACCUUAUAAUUUUUUUUGUAUUUCCGGAGCCGCUCAUGAGUCACCUGGAUUAAAUAUUGCACUUAAGGAGGAACAGGGGGCCACAAACUAUUUGGCACUGCUGCGCCGAGGCGGAGUGAGUUUGCCGUCAUGUAUUUUCUAACCGGCUGGCCACGGAGGCUGCUUUGUCCGCUGAGGAGCGAAGAGGAGCCCUUCUACAUCCAGCCCAGCUCCCAGCGCUUUUACUUCGCUCUGCUGUCAGAGACGCAGCUCAGCGUUUGGUUUAGUCGGCCCAGUGUUUUGAUAGUCAGCUAUAUCGAGUCUGCAAAGGCAGCGGCUCAGUUUGGCUUCUACCAGAAAGCAGAAUGGAAACCAGACGACUCAAUGAUAGCUGUGGCGACUGCCAAAGGCUACAUCCUUUUGUUUGAUGUGCUUGGUGGAGGGGAUGACAAGUACCUCUAUGAGCCCGUCUAUCCAAAAGGAAGCCCUCGUGUGAAGGUGACCCCUGGUUUUAAGGAGGAGCAAUGUGCACCCGCUCUCUCUCUGGAGAUGAAGAAGCCUGUGGAUCUGGAGGCCCCCAUCACCAGCCUGCAGUCCCUCCAGGAGGAUUUGCUGGUGUGUACCGCAGACGGUUAUCUCCAUGUGCUGCAUUGGGAUGGGCUCGGCAGCAAUGGACGCAAGGCCAUCUGCCUUACUACAAUCCCCUUCUCAUUGGACCUGCAGUCUGCUCGAGGUGGCCCUUCUCUGGACCUGGAGGGGGUUCAUAUCCGCUGUAUGGAGUACUGUGUGACCCUGGAUGGCUUUGCUGUCGUACUGAGUGACGGACGCCUGGGCUUUAUCACCCCACUGAGCAACACCAUCACUGCAGACCAGUUGCAGGGUGUCUGGGCAGCGGAUGUGACUGAUGGCACCUGUGUGGCUGUCAACAACAAGUACAGGCUGAUGGCCUUUGGCUGCGCCAGCGGCUCGGUGCUGGUGUACAUGAUCGACACCACAACAGGGUCGAUGCAGCUCUCCCACAAACUGGAGCUCACUCCAAAACACUACCCAGACAUCUACAACAAGACGGGCCCUGUCAAACUAAUCUGCUGGUCACCUGACUGCAGCGUUGUCAUGGUUACGUGGGAGUGCGGCGGCCUGUCGCUGUGGAGCGUCUUCGGAGCUCACCUCAUCUGCACUCUGGGAGAGGACUUCAUACAUCGAUCUGAUGGUACCAAGAAAGACCCCCUUAAAAUCAGCUCUAUGAGCUGGGGUGCAGAAGGCUACCACCUAUGGGUGCUCCCUCACAAACAGGAGAGGAGAAGACAAGAGGAGCAGGAUGUGGAGAUGGUUGCACCUCCUAACUCCAGCGCUUUGCAGGCUGGCAUACUGCAGUUCCACUUCAUUAAGAGCGCCCUCACAGUCAACCCCUGCACGAGUAACCAGGAGCAGGUGUUACUCCAUGGUGAAGACCGCCUCUACCUGACCUGCGGUGACCCCACACAGAUCCAUAGCAACUCUGACACACACCCACACACACACUUACACCCGCGCGACGGCAGCCCGCUGCACCCGCCCCCCAACCCCGACUCCUCUCUCUCUCAGGGACUCAGCACUUUACUGGGACACAAGCACUGGCACGUGGUCCAGAUUCACAGCACAUACCUAGAGAGCAACUGGCCUAUACGGUUUGCAGCCAUAGACACAGCAGGCCAGUGCAUGGCUGUAGCAGGGAGGCGAGGCUUUGCACACUACUCCUUGUUUACAAGGAAAUGGAAGCUGUUUGGGAAUAUCACUCAGGAGCAGAACAUGACAGUCACAGGAGGUCUGGCUUGGUGGAAUGACUUUGUGGUGGUGGCCUGUUACAAUUUUAUAGACCAGCAGGAGCAGUUGAGACUCUAUCAACGCUCAUCCAACCUGGACAAUGCCUUUGCUUCAGUUACUAAGCUACAUUCUGACACUCUGCUGCUCAAUGUCUUCAGAGACAUGGUCAUACUCUUCAGAGCUGACUGCUCCAUCUGUCUUUAUAGUAUAGAGAGGAAGAACGACAGUCCAAACCCGACAGCCAGUGUGGAGCUGCUGCAGGAGGUGUCGAUGUCCCGUUACAUCCCUCAUCCAGCCCUUGUGGUGUCUGUCACUCUCACGUCUGUGCGCACCGAGACUGGCAUCACAUUAAAAGCCCCGCAGCAGGCCUGCAUGGCAGAGAGCAUUAUGUUAAAUCUGGCUGGCCAGUUGAUCAUGCUACAGCGGGACCGUUCAGGACCGCAAGUGCGAGAGAAAGACACGGCUGCUGUCAACAAGAAGCUGCUCCCAUUUUGUCCCCCUGUCGUGUUGGCCCAGUGUGUGGAGAAUGUUUGGACCACCUGUCGAUCCAACAAGAAAAAGCGCCAUCUGCUGGAGGCUCUUUGGUUGUCCUGUGGAGAAGCGGGCAUGAAAGUGUGGCUGCCACUUUUCCCCCGAGACCAUCGCAAACCCCACUCCUUCCUCUCCAGACGCAUAAUGCUGCCCUUCCACAUCAACAUCUACCCUUUGGCCGUGCUGUUCGAGGAUGCCCUCGUACUGGGGGCAACCAAUGAGACUGUGCUCUACGACGGGAUGCAGGGAUCCUCAGAGCCACUGGAGGCACUGUUUCCCUACUGCACAGUAGAGAGGACCUCACAGAUCUACCUCCACCACAUACUGAGACAGCUGCUGGUUCGCAACCUGGGUGAACAGGCUUUGAUGCUGGCUCAGUCAUGUGCCUCCCUCCCCUACUUCCCCCAUGUCAUGGAGCUGAUGGUUCAUGUAGUGCUGGAAGAAGAGGCAACGUCGCGGGAGCCCAUACCCGACCCGCUGCUUCCCACCGUUGCAAAGUUCAUCACAGAGUUCCCCCUGUUCCUCCAGACCAUCGUCCACUGCGCCAGGAAGACCGAGUACGCCCUGUGGAACUACCUGUUUGCAGCCGUGGGAAACCCCAAAGAUCUGUUUGAGGAGUGUCUCAUGGCUCAGGAUCUGGACACAGCGGCCUCCUAUUUGAUUAUACUGCAGAAUAUGGAGGUUCCAGCAGUGAGCAGACAGCACGCCACUCUUCUCUUCAACACGGCUCUCGAGCAGGGCAAGUGGGACCUCUGCCGGCACAUGAUCAGAUUCCUCAAAGCCAUUGGUUCAGGGGAGAUGGAGACUCCGCCCCCAACCCCCACUACUCAGGAACCCAGCUCAACUGGAGGUUUCGAGUUCUUUAGAAAUCGCAGCAUCAGCUUGUCUCAGUCGGCCGACUCGGUCACCGCAGGAAAGUUCAACCUGCAGAAGACCUUCAGUAUGCCUUCUGGAUCUUCUGCUAAAGGUCGGGAUGUGGAGUGUGCAGAGAACAUGUAUAUCGACAUGAUGCUGUGGCGCCACGCCCGUCACCUCCUGGAGCAGGUGCGCCUUCGUGAUCUGGGAUGCUUUUCCGCUCAGCUGGGCUUCGAACUCAUCGGCUGGUUAUGUCGCGAGCGAAACCGCGUGGCCCGAGUUGAUGAUUUUGUAUUGGCGCUGAAGAAGCUCCAUAAGGACUUCCUCUGGCCGUUCCCUGUCAUUCCUGUGGGAAACCUCAGCUCACCACUGAAGAAUGGACGGUGCCGUACAGUGCUGAGCCCACGGUUGUUGAAGUCACAGUCAGCAGACAGCCUGCUGAACAACGACAUGGACACGGCACCGCCCCCGACAGCUCCUGACAACCACACCUGGAUGGACGGGCUUGAGCAGAGACCCAAAGACAUGGACACAGCCUCUUCUGCUCACUCGAACCAGCACUCACCACAGACUCAUGAGGCCUUCCUGUCAUUGCUCACCAACAAAGUCGAGGAGUACAGCAUCGGCUCGGCCACAGACCUCACAGAGACCAGCUCAGUGGUGGAUGGCGACUGGACAAUGGUGGACGAGAACUCGUCCACUUUGAGCCUGAGUCAGGCCGAGCUGGAGCACAUCUCCAUGGAGCUGGCCAACAAAGGCCCGCACAAGUCCCAGGUGCAGCUCAGAUAUCUUCUCCAUGUGUUCAUGGAGGCGGGCUGCCUGGAGUGGUGUGUGGUGAUUGGUUUGAUCCUGCGGGAUGCAAAUGUCAUCAAGCAGGUGAUCAGUUUCCUGGACAACCCAGAGGUUCCUGCGGAAAAUGUGCAGAGUGUCCGAAACGGAUUAUUAGCAGUCGAUGCGUGGGCCUCCACAGACUGCCUGGGUUACAAACCAUUCCUCAGCCUGAUCCAGCCGCAGCUGCAGCGGCUGAUGGAGUCGACGUCGGAGCAGGUGCAGCCUGAAGCCUUCCAGCCUGCUACCCAAUGCUCCAAGCUCAGUGGCUCUGAAGGUCUGGGAGGAGCCGCGGUACCUCGGGCAGAAGACAGCAGAGGAGUGGUGACCCCGCUGGGCCUGGCCCUGCCCUCUCUCGAACCCGCAGGAGUUUUCCCCCGUCCCCCAUCUGAGGACUGUCCUCCCGAACAAACGGAGGAGCAGGGGGAGGAGGAGGGAACCUACGACUGCACCUUGUCCUGAAGCCUCUUCUGGACUUUUUAACCUGUGAACCCUUCAAGGGCCGGAGUGGAGAAAGCUGCAGCAUUGGCUGACUGGAAAAAGACUUCAUUUGUGUGAGCGAGCGUGUGCGUGCCUGCGUUUGUGCGCCUCUUUGUCGGUUCCUACUUCAGUCAGUAUUACCCACUCUUUAGAUCGCUAUCAGCCCGACAGGCACAAAGACAUCACAGCACAAACUGUUCCUUUUUAACAGAGCUCAUUUCAGCAGAUUGUGCUGGUAGAUUAGAGAGGAGGGUUACUCAUGUCAGUUGUUUUCCACUUGUGUUGUUUUGGAAGCUGUAGAGCAGCACGCGAAAGCUUGGGUAGAGCGAUAGAAUCAGUUCGAAGGGUCUGUUCUGAUCUUUGCGCUAACCGCGGAGCAUAACGUAGAACAAAGAAAAAGCUCGAGAACCUUUUACGGGACUCGCUGAAGUGCGUCUGAGCCUACAGUACGUGAAGCGUGCCGUUCUGUCUGUGUGCACAAGAGGUGUUUCAUACUUUCAUACCUCAGUAUAAUUUUAAAAUAUUUUGUGAUACCUUUUUUCUAUAAUGUAACAGUGUACAGGAUGACAUUAUUUUUCUAUCCCUCUGCAGUCACCCUGUGACCAAAAAAAAGAAAAAACACCCUCAGCAGAUGAUUCUGUGUGAUUCUUUAAAACAGUUGAAUUUAAGGUUUCUAAGAAAAUGAUCUGUGAGUAGAAUCCCACUGUUCUGAGUGCAGACUAGUUUCUUACCAUUGAUCAGCACCUCGCCCGCCCGCUGCCCACCCCCUCCCUAGUGAUGCUAAAGUACAGAAUCAGCUGCCUCGCCCUUCCCCGUGUGGGUUUUCACACAAAGCAAAGCAGAUCUGUGUUGAUCGUUCUCAACACUUCCUGCGCUGAACAAAAAAAAUAAUAAAAUAAAAUCACAAGAUGCUCUUUUUUUUUUUAAAUUCAAAAAAGGCUUUGUUUCCCAUCACGCGAAAGGCACAUCAUUAGUGAGUUUUUAAAAGCCAUCAGGUGGAUCGUUGGCUUGUCAGCAGUGUUAGGAGCGACGCGUUAGUAUUGUUUUAGUUUGAGGGAUUGAUUGUUGUGCAAUAGAUAAGUCGCCGUGUGGUUUUUGACCCUCACCCUCUCGCAGUUCGUCCGGACCACCCGCGAGACGAGCGGGAGGCCGAUCGCCGUGUUCUCGUGCUUCCGAGUGGAAAUCUGAACGCGUGUGCAGGGCCGUGUUCACACCAUGUUGACAUGAUUGGUGACUCUGAUCACGUGGAAAUGAUUUUUAUCAUAUUAGUCCUCGUCAUUACUAUUAUUUAUUGGGAUUAUUAGCUGAGAGAUCAUUCCUGCUUUGUUUUUAAUGACUGAUAACAAAACUCCUUCUCCCUCCUCUUUAGUUAUCAAAGUCAUGCAUUGGCUCAACUACAAGCACUAAAAGAAAAACAAUGAGUCAGUAUUAUAUUGUGCAAUGUAUUGAAAUGUUACUCAGCUUUAUUUUUUUUAUGCUUACUACUGCUUUUGUGUUUGUUUUUUCUUUCAUUCCCCCCCAGCUGUGCGCUUCUCAUCCUAGACCAAAAUGAUAAGUUAUAGUUGGGUGUGUUUAUCUGUUUAGAUUCUUGAAUGGUUUCUCUUCUACGAGCUGCCCGUCACUAUACACAAAAAGGUUGAGACGGCCCGAGCGGCUCUGUAUCGUCUACUUCGACCCUCCUUCCGCUCUGAACAAGCCUACAGCUCCACUACAAGCUUUACUUGAACACGGACACUUGAUGAACCAAAGACUUUACGUCCAGAGGCCUUCUGUUUUAACCCCGUUGCUUCGAUUUGAACGUUCAAGUCCUCAUGCAGAGGGAGGAGAAUCUCACUCGCGCACAUCCCAGCCCUCUCAUCAGAAACAUCAUCGCUCAAAACUAAUGCUGACGGUAUGCGAGACAAUUUCCUACGGAAAUGAAUAUUUCAGCUCUUUUAUGGUUUCCUUCUCGGUGAGGGAGGAGUGUCGUUCGCUCGCUCAGUAAAACGUGGACAGCAGCUCCCUCCCACCCGUGUACAGUUUAAAAGUAUUGCUCGUUUCCUCAGAGUCGAGAUUUAUUUCUGGGGCAGCAGACAUCCUCAAUGCAGUGUAAAGAUACUCUCUUGUACAUUCGCCUUUUCUACUUAUAUUUGGUUUUCUACUUCAUUUUCCCCCCCUUGUACAUAUAGACCAAUAAAUUAUUUUUAAAAGGUUUGUCUGCCUCUUUGACCUCCUUAUUUUUAAAGCAACGCAGCAGCUGCAGACAAAGCAGCAACGUGUGUGUGUGUUUGGCUUUAAAUACUCUAGAAAAGAGCUCUUAUAUUAAUGUUUGACACCAGAAAAAAACAGAGUUAACUGACAUAUUAACAUCACACGGGGGAAUCUGCUGGCUUUAAAUUGACUGUUUUGUUAAAUUCACGUUUAAAAGACUGUUCUGGGUUUUAUUCUUCGAGCUGUGGUGCCCUUGCAGUGUUUAUAUUAAAACAUAACUGAUAUCUGUACAUGCAGUUUUGAAGUAAGAUCAGCAAGCAGGAGUGGUUGCAUUUCCUCUGCCUGUAGAAAGAGAGCAGAGUUAUUUUACUUAUGCAAAAAUUCUCAUGGCCAAAAUGUAAUUUUUAGUUAAACAAGUGUCAAAUGGUUGCCAUGUCAGGGUCAGCUGUAAUAGAACGGCAGGGAUUUUGUUUGUAUUGGUGAUAUACUUUACAGGCAGAAAAUGGACAUAUUCACUCGACUUAAAGUGACACUGAUUGGUCAGUAGCCAGUUACCAUGCCGAUGUAUCAAAGAAAAAACAGGCUUAACCCUGAAGUUACCUGGGUGAACAUGAAACCCCGCCUCACCAUGUAGCUGAUAUAGCUGAUGAUGUUAGUGUCCACGUCUGAAGAAGUGACACUUGCCAAGAUUAAACGUAAGAAGCUUUUUAAUUGCUGUACAAGUGUUAAAUUAAUUCAAACUUUUUGCAUAAUGUGAAAUCAUCCCGUAAAUUGAAUACAUGGAUACCCUGUUAACCAGACCCAAUAAUCCAAAGCUCAACAGUCAACAGUUCCAACUAAGAAAACAAAACUUCAAGGAAGAAGGUUAACGGUUAUGUGACGGUCGUUAGAAAGAAAGAAAAAAAAUCUGUCUUGUUAGAAAUCAACUCUAAGAACAAAACUAGCAGUUACAGAUGUGGAUGAAAGGUCAAUUUAAAGAAAGAAAAACCCCAAAACUUCAAAUGUAAUAUUUUUAGAUAUCACAUUAAGAUAUUUAAAAGUAUCCCACAGUUAAAGAACGUAUUUCUUGACUUGAUAUGGACUUCUAGACUGUUAUGUGUGAAGAAGAUAAAGUCCAAAAUCUGAACUCACGCUCAACAAAAACGUUCAGUGCAGUGCCCGUCAGCCUCUCAGCCUACACUAGUUCACACUAACACAGUAACGCAUAGUAAAUUCAAAUCACUCACAUCUGAAAAGGAGUGUGUAUGAAGCUCUCGAACACUGGGAGUAACAGCAGUGUAGGGUGAGCCAUUUCUCAGCCUUUCCCCGCUCUGCCCCUCUAUUACAGCAGUACCUGCUCGGGACAAAAUGAGACUUUUUACUGGUCUUAGUAAAGAAAAAAAAAAUCCAUCUUUCAGUCUGGAGCAGCAGGAUCAAGUACAGAGUCGGCCGUCAGUGGACAGAUCAGAAAAGACUGGACUUUUUUUUUUCCUCCCAGGUUUUAGUGCCGCACUCAAACUGCAGACACCCGAAACGUGAACACGGGUGAGGUGAUGAACGUUAUCAUGAGGUAAAUGGCAAAACAACCGAAAUGUAUAUAGGCAUGGUACUUUAGUGAGAGCAAAAACUACAUCACCACCAAGCAAAAAUCUAAUUUGUUUAAAUCUUUGUCCUUUUGAAGGAGCACUGAGGUCUCACUGAUCUUUGCAGGAAUCAGCUGAUGAGGUGAAAAAGUCCAAGCAGGCGCUUUCGCCUGCAUCACACGGGCUUCCUCAGCAGGUGGAGUCGAAGCGCUUCAAGUGCCUGUCGUCAAAGUUAAGACUGAAAUUUUUUUUCAUUGCUAUGAAACCAGUAAAAAGAAGUAUCCUUUAUCAUUUGAUCUGACCCGUGAGGCGACACGAACACAAACUCCACUCACGUGCUGAGAUAUAACUCCAGAAUAGCUACAGAGUGGCUCAAUAUGAAUUUUAUGACUUUAAAAUAGUUUGACUUUCAAAAAAAGAGCACAGUGGGACAAUCUGCUGAAGGCUGUGAUGGAUGUUAACAAUCCACGGGCAUGAAAACGCUUUGCACUGUGGCACUUGAUAGCUUUUAAGACCACGGAGAUGUUUGUGUCCACAACAGUAAACGUUUUGUGCGUCUUUGGAAGCAAAACUUUAAGGCCUCCUUUCAUUGUGAUUUCUCGUUUUGUGGCAAACAGACAACAUGGUUCACGGUGACACCUCGCUAGGUAGACUCGAGGCAGACGAAAGACUUGAUUCAUUAGUCAACAACCCGAUUCCACCUUUGACUCCUUUAAAGAGGAGUCAAACCUGGGGACGCAGGGAAGUCAGACUUUCUGAAAACACAGAUAUGGACAUCUGUAAAUGGAUGAAGCCCACAGAUAAGCAUGGUGACACUUUAUAAACCAUUUAAAUAAUCUCUCUUUUCAACAUUAGUUAACUUUUGUUAGCUAAAUCUCCUCUAAAGCUUUCCCACAGUAACAUUCAAUCUGAAACUGUUAUCUCGGUGUUGAGUUUGAUCAGUCCGGAGGUAGUGGUAGUACCAUGUGAAGCUGACUGUGGAUGUGAGCUACAGAAAAAACAACAGCACAAAUAAAACUGAGCCCUCUCCAGCAGCUGAUUUUACAUUCAAGAAAGGGAAAAUCAAAAAGUGGGAAUAAAAGCCAAUCCCAGAUUCCCGAGGUUUUCAGACGCCUUAUAUUGUCUGACCCACGACCCGGGAAGGCAUUUCUUUUGCUUACAGAUGCAAUAAACAAAAGCAGAGGAUCCCAUUUGAAAAUCAAUGAAGCAAAAGAUUUGUUAAAGUCACUGCUGGAGACAGCUGGAAGCAUAGUCAAGUUUUCCUUUCCCCCCCCCCCCUGCUCUUAAAAAAGAAGAAGAAAAAAAAAGUGCCGUUAUUACUACAGUAGGAACAAAUAUGAAACGGAUGCAAAGGUACACCCCCCUGUGGACUGGGGGGGGGUAAUCCUGAACAAUCUUAAACCCUAAAACAAAAUUAAACUGCAUAAACACAUCAAGUGAAAUUACACUGCCCUCCGGAUUUAACCACCACUUCCAGAACAGCUUGAAUUCAGACAUCUGUUUUCAUUUAACAGUUUUCUGUCUGCACGCCAUGUCCUCCGACAGUUUAAGCAGGCGUUACAUUCCUCGUUAAAACGCGUGGCUUCAAAAAUUAAAAAAAAUAAAAAUGAGUGGUCUUAGUAAAGAAGGGCAAGUCAGUAAAUCAAACUAUUAAAACAAGUGCAGGUUAAUGACAAGUGACUUUCAAAGUAUCCGGUUAAAUUCAGAGGAGGAGAGAACAGGUUGAACUCAUCCAUCAUGUGUUAUUGCACCCUGCGAUGCACAGCGCGGUUGGUAGACACAUUUAAUAUGACAACGUUCAGAGUGGUUUUGCUGAUAAAGAGCAGUGGAGGUAGCCGUGCGGUGUUAGUUGUUCGGGAGGAACACUGGCGUUAGUGAGGAAGAGCGAGGGUGGAUGUGAGCGAAAGGAAAAGCGAGUUACAGCAAGUAAAGCAAAAGGCACGAUCGAACAAGUAGAGAACAGAAGAAAAAAAAAAAACUAACCCCUUCCUUUCACUAAGCCGGGAGUGAGCACAGCACCAAGCAUCUCUCCUUGGUUAACUACAGUGCCUAUUGACACAGUGGUGGGGGUCUCUCAGGCUGGCUGGGGUGGAGCUCGCAUGUGUUGUGUGUGUUACAGUUUGAGUGAAAAGGCAGUGGGGUCACUCCUCUGUAUUCUUCCUUGUAAUCUCUUCUACAUCUGUCUUGUGGAGCCCUGUAGGCCAAAGCUCUCCUCUGCAGCAGCCUCGUGGAUGUGUGACAUCCUCAGUAUCGGUACAUGUCAUAGGUACUGACCCAGGAAGAGGGAAAAGCCCACGUAGGGAACCUGUGAAGCAUUUCCUCCAACCGAGCAGUCCUCUGGUCUUUCCCAAAGAAAUAGUGGGAGGAGAUGGCGACUGAGACGAUCCCCUCGGGGCCAGAUGGGUCAGGGUCUGCGGGAGGCUGACAAACAGAGGGACAGAAAUAAAACAGCAGAAGAACCAAAUAAGAUUAGCAAUGUCUUAAGUCUGAUUAUGCUGCAUGAGGAGUUUGUCUGAGCCACGAGGGGUUACGUGCAGCAUUCAUUGCAAAUCGUGGCUCAGUCCCACUCAUUUUAAAACAUGGGCCACAUGCAGCCGACUUUGAUCUUAAGCAAGCGGAAUCAGUGAAGCUGAUCAGUAAAGCAGGGGAGCUCGUUAUAGCUGCAAAAGUAAAACUGAUGAAAACAUAGUUCAAAGUCCAAAAUUCUACAUUUUUCUGAUUCUGGCCCCCAGGCCUUAUGUUUGGCCGUAAUAAUAGGACAAAAACCUCGUGACUUGGAAAAAUCUGUGGUUUCCCAGCAGUGUUUUUCACUUUCAGCAAACAACUGCAAGUAGUGGGGUGACCAGCUUCAGAUGGCAACUGCACAGGUUGUCUCCAAAUAAUCAUGGGUCUCACUGCUGGACUGACUGCAGUCACUCAGGUUUACAAAUAAUUACCAUCGAAUUUAUAAAUGAAGACAAAUUGACAACAUGUUGCAAUUAAACAGUUAGUCAUCUGUGACAAAUUUAUUUGCAAUCCUGGGAUUGACUCAACUGGUUAUAUUGUGCUUGUAUUAAACUUUAUUAAAAAUAAAGUUUCCAGUCAUGUGUUAUUUUGCACUCAAAUUGCCAUCCUGCAGCAACUAUUUGUGGAGACAUUUCUGUGUCAAAUCCAUGUGGCUGUGGUUGGACUCUGAAUCUAACAAGUUAAUGUGAAUUCCUGUGUGUGUAGAUGGCAACAGGUACAUGAUAUUUGCCUGUUUAUCACAGUUAAUUACUGUAAUUUGCAAAACUAUUGCAGGUAAUUUUCGGUACAGACUGCUUGAUGCGCCAAAGUCACUAUGAAGAUGGAAAUAGGAAAUGUAAAUAAGAAGAAAAGGUCAGUACCUGUAUUUCAAACCAGAAGGUCCAUGUGGGGGCGUCAAGGCCAUGUGAAUAGAAGAUAAAAUAUUCUCCGCUCAGGUCAAAUCGAGGCGUCCCGUCACCGAAGGACCAGGUAGAGAGGCUGGCUCCUCGAUGAGGCAUUAGAUACAAAGACAUGUGGCUCGGGCCUGCAUGAGACAGGAAGGUCAAGGGUGAAACACAAAGUGAUACCUACAGCUACAAAUCAACGCACAACACUCUCACAUUCUUCACACAUCCUGCACAUGUGAUCACAUGCUCUUUAAAAAUGGUCAUCAAUUUUCUGAUUUACACCUGGUCCAUGUUUUGGGUUUGCUCCUUCUGCUAUCACUUGGUACUUCUUUAGAUCCCCAAAAUCUUAACCCUCUAUUAGCUGCUCCUGACCUUUCACACUGAAUGUCAUCUUGAUCGUUCCCCAGCUCGUCUCUUCUUUGGACAGCAGGCUGAACUCCACCGGAGAGCUCGGAGACACUUCCGGAGCGGGGAGGUACCAGUUCUUCCUGCAAACACACGGGAGCACUUGUGAAGUUCAAAGCAUGACUGAAACAAGCAUUUAUUAUGACACCAGAGGCAUCAAAGCUACAAGGCUGACCUGCUGAGGAACUUGACAGGCAGGAACCAGGGAUAACCACAGAAAGGUCGGUCCUCUCUGCAGCGGGUCCGAACCGUUUCGUUGAUCUCGGGGAUGUGGGGUGUGAUGUGCUGCAUGCCCGUGUAGUCAAAGCUGUUUAUCCACAGACCUGAGUCUCGGCUCUCCACUUCUCCCUGGAGAUUGUGGAAGGUCCGUGUUGUAUGCUGCAGGGAGAGUAACAGGAAAAGAAAAACAACGAAGUUCUUUGAUGUUAACAUGUUCUCUUUUCUUUCACGUGCUUUGUGCUACAUCUGUUUAGCUGGAAUGACUCAAUGUAAAUUACAUACGUGAGCACAUCAAGGAGGGAAAUAUAAUAAUAAAAGAUGACAGAAUUAUUUUCAUGUUUAAGAAACACAAUUUAACACGUCAAGAACACUCGAGGAGUUGGGCUCCUCGAGACUGUUUACAACUCGAAGGAUUUACACCGAGGUGCAAACGGGCAGGUUGCACUCAAGAACAGGAAGGCCAGAUUAGACUGUCAUACAAGAUCUAAAAGAGGCUGCACAGUUCUGGAAAAAUUAUUGGGACAGAUGAAACCAAAAUGAACAUGUGCCGGAAUGAAUAGCGGAGAAUAUUAUGGAGAAGAGAAACAGCUCAUGAUCUGAAUCAUACCACGUUAUCAUUUAACUGUGGUGGAGGUAACACUAUGGCAUAAGCAGGUAUUGCAGCCAGUGGACAUUGGUUUCUUGAGGGUGUGACUGCUGAUAGAAGCAGCAGAAUGAAUUGUGCAGUGUACGGGACUAUGAGCUCAGCUCAGAUUCAGCCAAAUGCUGCAAAACUGAUCAGACCAUACUUUAAUUCAAGGGUUUCAAGCUCCUGCCACUCAUUUAGAAAUGUCUUCUCGCAUCAUUUUCAUUUCAAACCGAGUCACUCAGACCUCAAACGUCAUGCAAUGGACAGGCCAGAGCUUUAGGUUUUGGCCGUUAUGAAUACAUUUACUGGUUUUGACUUCUCCUUGCAGAUCCAGUUUCUCUUUUUCUUACAUACUGUAUCUGUAUCAUUUUUGUGUAUAUUUGUGUUUUUGUGUGCAUGUUAUGAAUUUCAACCUGCAGGAAAACUCUCUUUGGUCGCGGACUGUCUAGAUCGCCCGAGUAAGGAAAGAAGAGGCCACAGGACACCAACAGGAACAUGAUGGUGAAGACAAACCCAAGACCUGCCAUGAUCCGCUUAGUGCUACGCACCAAGUAGAUAAAAUGCAG